GUCGCGCCACUGCGCAGCCGCGAGAGGGCGGUACCACGGCGCCUGUGACAUGGGGGGGCGCGGAGCAGACGCCGGAAGUAGCGGUGGUACGGGUCCCACCGAGGGGUACUCACCGCCGGCAGCGUCCACCAGAGCCGCGGCGAGAGCUAAGGCCCGAGGGGGUGGGCGUGGCGGCCGCCGAAACACAACACCCUCUGUUCCCUCUUCUCGCGGAGCGGCGCUGCGUCGUUCCUCUCCACCGGCUGCCAUGAGCGAGCGCCUCCGCCCCAGGAAGAGGAGAAGGAAUGGCAAUGAAGAAGACCACCAUAUUCCCCCCCAGACCAAAAGGAGUAGUAGAAACCCCGUCUUUCAUGAUUCCUGGGACACAGAGAUAGUACCUGUAACGAAAAACAGUAAAGACAGCAGACUAAGAGGAAACACAGUGCUGUGUGCGUCUUCAAGCAGUGACAGUGGCGGGAGCAGCAGCAGCAGCAGCAGCAGCAGCAUCAACAGCCCGGACAGGGCCAGUGGGCCAGAAAGCAGCUUAAACCACGUGGGCGCCGUGUCCAGCCCUAACACCCCUCAGCCUGUGCCCGAGCAGUCCGCCCUGUGCCAAGGCCCGUACUUCCACAUCAACCAGACCCUGAAGGAGGCCCACUUUCACAGCCUGCAGCACCGAGGACGGCCUCCGACAUGAUGUGCCGCCAGCUUCUUGCCUUCUGUGAAGGGACAGCUGUGCAGAUUUGAUAGUUCAACUUACGAUGUUUUAAAAAAUUGCACAAAAAAUGCCUGUUGGCUUUUCAGUCUAUAUUUGAAAUAACAGGCUAACAGGCAGUUGUUUACUUGUGGUUUUGCUGCACUAUUGCAAUUUCAAAGGGGCUUUGAAGCAAUUUUUUAUAGGAUUCUUUUAAGGGUGGGUAUCAAAUCCAUGUCAAGGUAGUGGUAUGAGGAAAUCUCAUCUGCGUGUUGAUUCCAUAGUCUGUCCAGUUCAGAUGGAUAUCCAAAUCUGUCAAUUAGAAAUUCUACUUUAUGUAAAAAGGCCUUUUAAAAAUGCGGGAUCUUCAAUUUUUUAAAUUCAAUAAACUAGAAAAGAGUAUCUA